AUGUCGACCGGGCUCGAGUUUAAGGGCUAUGCUAUGACUGAUCCUGAUCAGUACAGCGCGCUGAGCCUGAUUUCGUACCAGCCAAAGACGUUCCAGGAGGAUGAUGUCGAGAUCGCCAUAACCCACUGCGGUGUCUGCGGCUCGGACGUGCACACCCUCUCGCAGGGCUGGGGCAACAGCCGGCUGCCCCUGGUCGUCGGGCAUGAGAUCAUUGGGAAGGUCACACGCGUGGGCUCGAAGGUCAAGGACUUCAAGGUUGGCGACCGCGCCGGCGUGGGCGCACAAAUUGGCAGCUGCAUGGACUGUAAGCGCUGCAAGACCGAUAACGAAAACUACUGUCUCAAGAUGAUCGACACAUACAAUGACGUCUACCCUGAUGGUGUCAUCGCGCAGGGAGGCUAUUCCACUGGGAUCCGCGCACAUCAGCGGUUCGUGUUCAAGAUCCCGGACGCCAUCGAGUCCAGGCAUGCUGCGUCGAUGUUCUGCGCGGGCCUGACCGUGUACUCCCCGUUGAAGUACAAUGGCUGUGGACCCGGGAAGAAAGUUGGGGUCCUGGGCAUUGGUGGCCUAGGGCAUUAUGCUGUUCUCUUUGCGAAGGCGAUGGGUGCAGAGGUGUACGCGUUCACUCACAGCGAAAGUAAGUUGGAGGAUGCGAAGAAGAUGGGUGCGGAUCACGUGAUCAGCACGCACAAUGAUGACUUUCACAAGCCUCUCGAGGGCGAGCUAGAUAUCCUCAUCUCCACGGCGGACGUCUUCCGCGAGGACCGGCCAUUCAAGAGCUACCUCUCGAUGCUCUUCGUGCAUGGCAAGUUCAUCAACGUCGGUCUGCCCAACAGAGACAACCCCCUGCCGCGCAUGCACGCAUUCGACCUGCAGCCGAACGGCGUCUUCAUCGGUGGCUCACACAUCGGCAACAAGCUGGAGUGUCAGGAAAUGCUGGAGCUCGCGGCGGAGAAAGGCAUCAAGCCGUGGAUCGAGGAGCUUCCGAUGAGCCAGGCUAAAGCGGCGAUUGAGGGCGUAAAGUCCGGGAAGGUGCGCUAUCGGUACGUCCUCACUCAGGAUAUCGCCCCAGUUUCGUAA